AUGCUGGCAGCUGCCUCUGCAGACUCCAACUCCAGCACCAUGAACGGGUCAUCGGCUCACCUCCACUUUGCUGGAGGGUACCUGCCCUCUGACUCCAAGGACUGGAGGACCAUCGUGCCGGCUCUCUUGGUGGCCGUCUGCCUGGUGGGCUUCAUGGGGAACUUUUGUGUGAUUGGCGUCCUCCUCCAUAGCGCUUGGAAAGGAAAGCCGUCCAUGAUCCACUCCCUGAUUCUGAACCUCAGCCUGGCUGAUCUCUCUCUCCUGCUGUUUUCUGCACCCGUCCGGGCUACAGCAUACUUCAAAGGCGUCUGGGACCUAGGCUGGUUUGUCUGCAAGUCCUCUGACUGGUUCAUCCACACGUGCAUGGCGGCCAAGAGCCUGACGAUCGUUGCCGUGGCCAAAGUGUGCUUCAUGUACGCAAGUGACCCAGCCAAGCAAGUGAGUGUCCACAACUGCACCAUCUGGUCAGUGCUGGUGGCCAUCUGGGCCGUGGCCAGCCUGCUACCCCUGCCAGAGUGGUUCUUUAGCACCACCAGGCUUCACGCGGGUGUGGAGAUGUGCCUCAUGGACGUGCCCCCCGUGGCCGAAAGGUUCAUGGCAAUGUUUGGCAAGCUCUACCCUCUCCUGGCAUUUUGCCUUCCGUUACUUUUUGCCAGCUUUUAUUUCUGGAGAGCUUAUGGCCAGUGUAAGAAACGAGGGACUAAGACUCAAAAUCUGAGAAACCAGAUGCGCUCCCGACAACUCACAGUGAUGCUGCUGAGCAUUGCUGUCACAUCUGCCGUGCUGUGGCUCCCCGACUGGAUUGCUUGGCUGUGGACAUGGCAUCUGAAGGCUGGAGCCCCGGCGCCACCACAAGGUUUCAUAGCCCUGUCUCAAGUCCUGAUGUUUUCCAUCUCUUCGGCAAAUCCUCUCAUUUUCCUACUCAUGUCCGAAGAGUUCAAGGAAGGCCUGAAAGGCCUGUGGAAAUGGAUGAUGACCAAAAAACAACCAACUGCCUCAGAGUCUCAGAAGACACCGGCUGGUAAUUCAGAUGUCCCUCCUGACAACAUUCCCUCUCCUGGGUCCCCAGCACCCGUACCAGAGAAAGAGAAGCCUGGCUCUCCCUCCUCCAGCGGAGAGAGAACAGAGAAGGCACAGAUUCCCAUCCUCCCUGAUGUAGAGCAGUUUUGGCAUGAGAGGGACACAGUCCCUUGUGUACAAGACAAUGACCCUACCCCCUGGGAACAUGAAGACCAAGAGAUGGGAGACUGUGAUAAAUAG